AUGGCAUCUCUCAAAUCAUGGUUCCCAAUCCCAAAGUCGAGCCAUUUCUCUUUGGCCAAUUUACCCUUUGGCAUCAUUUCUACAACAUCCAAACCUACUCCACGACCAGCCGUGGCCAUUGGGGAUCAUUGCUUGGAUCUACAGGAAUUUGCAGCUUCGGGGGCCUUCUCAUCGCUCGGGUUUGAUGUUUCGUGUUUCUCUAAGCCGACCCUCAAUGACUUCGCGGCUUUGGGAAGACCGGUUCAUCGCUCAGUGAGAAAAUACCUGCAAGAUGUCUUCGCCGAGAACACAUCUCUGGCGGACGUCUUACAAAGCAACAAACCCCUGCAAGAAAAAUGCCUAAUCCCCAAGGAGCAAGUCAAGAUGCAUAUGCCGAUGCAGAUUGGUGAUUAUACGGACUUCUACGCCGGCAAGAACCAUGCCUUCAACGUUGGAUGCCUGUUUCGAGGACCUGACAACGCACUGCAACCCAACUAUACGCAUUUGCCAGUGGGUUACCAUGGAAGGGCGUCGUCAGUGGUCAUCUCAGGUACUCCGAUUACGAGGCCCAAUGGUCAGAUCCUGGAAAACCCCGCCGCAACACCCAAGAAACCGAUCUUCACCCCUUGCCGGCGACUCGAUAUCGAACUUGAACUCGGCGCUUUUCUGUGCAAAGGGAACAAGAUGGGCACCAAUAUUCCCAUCUCUGAGGCUGCAGAUCAUAUCUUUGGAUUCGUGCUGCUGAAUGACUGGUCCGCCCGAGACAUCCAAGCAUGGGAAUACGUUCCGUUAGGACCAUUCUUGGCUAAGAACUUUGGCUCCACCAUCAGCCCGUGGGUGGUGCUGACCGACGCAUUGGAGCCGUUUCGAUGCAAGGGCAUCCCGAACGAGACGGAUCUGCUGCCCUAUCUACAGGAGAAGGAGGAGAAGAAUGUGUAUGACAUUCGAUUGCAGGUCGACAUCACGCCCGAGAGCGGUUCGACGACUACAAUCUUGAAUUCUAACGGCCGCAAUCUACUCUUCUCAUUUCCGCAGAUGCUGGCUCACCACUCAAUCGGUGGAUGCCCCAUGGCGGUCGGUGACCUCCUCGGGUCGGGCACAAUCAGCGGUACGGAGCCAGGCACGGAAGGAAGUAUGCUCGAAAUCACCAAGGGCGGGAAAGAAAGCGUCAAGUUGAACGGAGGAGUAGAGCGGAAGUUCUUGGACGAUGGAGACACAAUUACAAUGUACGGCGUCUGCGGCACCGAAGAGUCUGGACUUGUAGGCUUCGGAGAGUGUUCGGGCAAGAUCCUGCCUGCCCCUAAGAUCUGA